CUCUAGAUGUAUGAUGUUCUGCCGAUCUGAAACAAUCUUACUGAAUAUGAUCUCAUCCUAUACCAAUGCUAUGCCAAGUGAAUUAAAACUUAAAAGAGAUGAGCUCAUGAGCAUAUCAGGACUUCAUGGUUUGAUAGUUAAAAGUUAAAGUAAAGGGACUAAUGUUGUAAAUGGACCAAAGUAAAGGGAGCAUGGUCGUAGUUUUGCUUUUGAAGGGAAGUUCGUUGAUUUAGUUAACAAACCCGUAAUAUCAGCUGGAUGUUGAAUCUCUUCUUCCCCUAGUUGCACUGAUCUUGAUCCGUCCUGUUAUUAGUAACGACCAACGACCAUGCUUUCAAAAGGAGAAAGGCAAGGAGCGAGUGCGAGUCCGAUUGCGAGUCCGAGUCCGAGUCCGAGUUUUAAUGGAUGUCUCUCUGGCUCUGUCACUACCACAUUUCCCCCUUCUGUCAGCACAGUGAAGCGCCAAAGCAACGUUCCUCCCAUUUCCACCGUCGCCAUUAUCCUCAGAAAGACAGAAACAAUGGGGUCAAAAAAGACCGACCCUUUUCUACUGGGGAAGAGCCCCUCCAUCAAGUCAUGCUUCCCUGAUACAAAAUCAACGGAUGGUUCUGAGUACAAAUCUGAUCAGAGGUCUUCCCUCCACUUAAGAUCAUAUUCUUGUGAUGUGAGGGAUCUCUCUCUCCCAAACUUUUCUCCCAUGUCUUCCCUAGAUCGCUCAGCCAAUCUAGUCAUGUAUGAUAACGCACUCUACUCCAAUAAUCGGAACCCAAACUUGGAGCCCUCGAGUUCCCCUUUCUCAGGAGUGCGGCGAAGCCUAGACAUUCAGCUGCCUCGUGCUUCGCCUGCUCGGACCUCCGGGGAUCGUAAGGUGGCUGGGUUCGACCCUGUCUUGACGUUGCAGGCCUCAAAUGAGAAUUCGGCUUUAGAUAUGAAUGCUCCAACUGAUAUGAAAUAUGCACAAGGAGCCAAGUUAGGGGAGAAAAGAUUCAAGGGCCAUCAAAGACAUGUUCCGCUUUACCUAGCUGCACUUAAAGGCGAUUGGAGAACGGCCAAGGCUUACCUGCAGUGGCACCCCACAGCUAUUCGCGCUUACAUCACGAGGGGGCUAGAAACUGCACUUCACAUUGCAGCUGGUGCAAGGCACACUGUGUUUGUUAGAAAGCUGGUUAAGAAGAUGACAGUAGAUGACUUGGCUCUGCAGAACAAGGUAGGGAAUACAGCCCUGUGUUUCGCUGCGGUUGCUGGUAUCACAGAGACAGCAAAAGUGUUGGUGAACAAGAACAGAAGCUUGCCGCUAGUUAGAGGCAGUAAAGGAGCAACGCCUCUCUAUAUGGCUGUGCUUUUGGGGAAAAGAGAUAUGGCUUGGUAUCUCUACACUGUUACAGAGGACAAUGCUCUUUCUGGAGAGGAUCGAAUCGGACUUCUUGUUGCUGCUAUCACAUCUGAUCUAUUUGAUGUAGCUUUGGUUCUGCUCCGUGACCAUCCAGAAUUAGCUACAGCUCGAGAUGCAAACGGUGAAUCAGCUCUUCAUGUGUUGUGCCGAAAGCCAGGAGCAUUUUACAGUGGAACUCAAUUGAGCCUUUGGAGGAGAUGCAUCUACUCAUGUAUCCAGGUGCCAUUUAUGGGGUCCUCUGGUUCUAUACAAGAUGCUCGUCUAGCCCGACGCAUGCUCCAAGCAAUAGGAAGAAGUGUCGCCCAUCUGGUCCCGGAUGCUACUCUGAUAUAUAACAUGAAGCUGAGUCACACAGAAGCCCUUGAGCUGGCAAAGCGACUUUGGGAUCUGGUAUUGCAUCUAGACAACGCGAGUGUUAAAGAGUUCAUCAGAACACCCACACAGUUACUUUUCACAGCUACAGAGGCCGGAAUGGUAGAGUUCUUAACCAUUCUGAUUCGGUCUUACCCCGACCUGAUUUGGAAGGUUGACGAACAUUCUAGAAGCAUAUUCCACCUGGCGGUGGUGCAUCGACAAGAAAAGGUCUUCACUCUUAUCAAUGAGAUAGGGGCCCUCAAGGAUUUUAUAGCUAUUUAUAAGGAUGAAGAGAACAAUAACAUGUUGCAUUUGGCUGGGAAGCUUCCCCAUCCAAGUCGACUGAACACGGACAAUGGUGCAGCUUUGCAGCUGCGACGUGAAAUAUUAUGGUUCAAGGAAGUGGAGAAAAUUGUGCAACCGCUGUAUACCGAGAUGAAGAAUGCAGAUGGGAAGACUCCUCACGAUCUGUUUGCAACAGAACACAAGAAACUGGCAAGAGAUGGGGAGAAGUGGAUGAAGGAAACUGCAUCUUCUUGCAUGGUCGUCGCAACACUCAUCACCACCAUGAUGUUUGCAGCGGCUUUCACCGUCCCCGGUGGAAACGACCAGGAGACGGGCAUGCCACUAUACCUCCACACCAAGUCGUUCUUGUUCUUUGCUAUAUCAGAUGCACUUGCCUUGGUCUCUUCGGCAACAUCCAUCUUGAUAUUCCUUUCCAUGCUGACGUCGCGAUACGCUGAAGAGGACUUCCUCUCGUCACUACCAAACAAGCUGCUCACUGGGCUUCUCACCCUUUUCAUCUCCAUCGCCACCAUGAUGAUGGCCUUCAGUUCCACCCUCUUUAUGACCCUUGGAUAUGGGUAUACCUGGACUACUGUGACCAUCACAGCUGUUGCUUGUGUCCCUGUCACAAUGUACGCUUUCCUGCAAUUUCAUCUCGUAGCUGACAUCGUUAGUCAUUCUUAUACCACCAGUCUCUUCCUGCAUCCUAAAAACUGUUUGCUGGGCUGAAAAGAGAACUAUAAGCACCAUUUUCGAGCAUAACAUCAAAUAUGGCCAUCACAGUAAAAGUUUAUACCCUGU